GGGGCAGCUGCAGCCAUGGGGCCUGAGUGGAUCCUUCCGGGGACACUGGUGCUUCUGCUGGGGCCACCCCUGGUCCCCGGAGGGGGAGGGAGGCAGGAUCCCCCAGCCCCGCGCCGGUUCCUGCAUCAGACGAAGCACGAGUGCCGCUUCUCCAACGCGACGGGGCGGGUGCAGGUGCGCUUCCUCUUCAGGCACAUCUACGACCGGACGGAGAUCGCGCGCUUCGACAGCGCCCGGGGCCGGUACGAGGCCCUCACGCCGCUGGGAGAGCCCGACACCGAGUGUUGGAACAGCCAGAAGGAGGUGCUGGAGGACGCCCGGGCCGCCGUGGACACCUUCUGCUGGUGCAACUACGGCCUGCCUGAGGCCGGGCGCGUGGUGGGCAGGAGAGUCCAGCCCGUGGUCACCAUCUCCCCCACCAAGGACGACCCCCUCUCCCCCCGCACCCUGCUGCUCUGCACCGCGGCCAGCUUCUACCCCCGGGAGAUCGAGGUCCGCUGGCUGAAGAACGGGCGACGGGCGACGGAGGGGGUCUUCUACGGGGAGGAUCUGCACAACGGGGACUGGACGUACCAGACCCAGGUGAUGCUGGAGGACACUCCCCAGCGCGGAGAAAUCUACACCUGCCAGGUGGAGCAUGCCAGCCUGAAGACUCCCAUCACCGUGCACUGGGAGCCGCGGACUUCCAAGUCGGCCGGGAGCAAAGUGUGGACGGGGGUCGUGGGGGCCCUGCUGGGCGUGGUCUACCUGGCCGUGGGGCUCUCCCUCUACCUGAGGAGCAGGAAAGCGUCUCCCGUCCAGCAACCUGCAGCGCUCAUCGGCUAGUCCACCAGGGUGCAGGUGGAAAGGAAGACA